ACGUUAUAAGAUCUUUGCAUUUGCUUUCCUCUCAGCUUUGAACAAAGUGAAGUUAGUUGAUGGUUGAAGUGAAAAUACCUAAUAGUAAUUUAAAAAUUCCGCCUGAAUUUCGAAGUUUAGAGACAAUUUUUGUCGUCUCUCCGUGUAACUGAUUUUUUUUUAUUUGAUAUUUUACGUCUUAUGAGGACAGGAAAUGACAAAUUAAUGAAGCUGGUGAUUUAAUUUAUUAUAGUGAUCAAACAUUUGACUGAAAACAAUGUUCUGCAAGAAUUUAAAGAGUUACUUCUUUUUACCGCAUAUAACGGUAAUUACUGGUAUGGUAAGGUAAAGGCGGAAUGGUAUAUUCACCUCGGUCAAGGCCGAGCAGUGCCUGCUUGUCAAAAGCAGCUGAGUGUUCUGGCUCUGGUUCUGGUGUAAAGUUCAGUAAUCAGAAACAUUAAAGUAAAGCCUAAUUUAUUUAUAAUUUAGUUAUUGUAUCAGAAGGAAAGACAAAAUGGCACAUAAACAAUAAGAAAACACUCUAAAAUUCAGUGAAUUAAAAUAAAAAAUGAAUAUAAAUGUUGGUGUUAUUCAGAGGUUAUGUUUUGAUAACAAUGUCAAUUUUUAAUUUAUUCAUUUCAAAUUUAAUUAAAAAUGUAUUUAUUAUAAAUGGACCACGAAGAAAGAUAAAUUUUUUAUAUUGAAGGGGAGAUUAUUUCGCAUAGAAAAAAAAUUGACACAUAAUGUUGCCUGGAAUUGGAGUGUUUGGCACUGGAAGUAUUGUCAAGAUUAUAAUUCCUUUCUUGAGAGAAAAGGGAUUCAAAAUCGAAGCAAUAUGGGGAAGAACAAUUGCGGAAGCUUCAGAGGUAGCAACGGAGCUGGAAAUCCCUUUUCACACGAGUCGAAUCGACGACGUUCUCUUGAGAAGGGAUGUGGAUUUAAUUUUCAUCAUGUGUUCGCCGAGUUUACAUGCUCAGAUUGCUGUAAAAGCCUUAGGAAUCGGCAAACAUGUAGUUUGCGACAAACCAGCUGGUCUGAGUCAGGGCGAAGCUCUCAAAAUGGUUCGAGCAGCUCAGUAUUAUCCUUCUUUGAUUAGUAUUGUCAACCACAGUUUGAGGUUUCUUCCUGCUUUUAUACAAAUGAAGAAGGCUCUUGAAGAUGGUUUUCUUGGCGGACCUGUAACCGUUAUCGACAUUAGAGUACAAAUGGGGAGCUUAUUACACGAAGGUUACGAUUGGUUGUGCGAUGACACCAUGGGAGGAGGAAUCCUCGCUCUCGUGGGAAGUCAUGUGAUUGACCUGGUACACCACCUCACAGGACAACGAGCUUCUCGAGUUCACGCAGUAGUUCGAACCUUCACUAGAACGACAAAAAACAUAACUGGAAUUCGUCAUGUCACCGCUCCGGAUUUCUGCAGCUUCCAAAUGGAAUUAAAUGGAGGUACUCUCGUCACAGCGACUCUCAGUAAUCAUCUUCAGGGUCAAAUUUCCCAAGAGAUAUUAGUUUGUGGACCUGGAGGUCAUCUCGUUGUGAGAGGAGGCGAUUUACAUGGAUGCCGUGAAGACCAGGAAGAAGUGUUGUACUUGGACGUCGAAAAUCUUCAAGAAUCUUGUUCCUCCGUUGCUGAUUUUAUACCACGUCCCUACGUCAAAGGUCUUAGAAAAAUGAUCGGUGCCUUAAGAGAAGCUUUCAUGCCUGUCGAGGACAAGAGAGGAUGGAUCAAGGAACCGGUUUUCUCAGCAGCAACCUUUGAAGAUGGCCUUUACGUCCAGGCCGUUAUUGACGCCUUACGACAAAGCAGCAAACGACGGGAGUGGAGGAAAGUUGUUAUUUUAACCGAAGAACCUGACCCUAAUCCACUUCUAAGUGCUGCUGUCAGAGCUACAGCUAUUUCAAUUUAAUUUUAAAGCAAUCAACAUUCGAGAGCCUCAUGACGCAACAAAGUUUUAAUCAUUUCUGAUUUCAUAAGUAUAAAAUACUCGACUUUUAAAAUAUUGAAAAUUAGGGUGGCGACAAAACUUCACAUUUCAAGAUAAAAAUCCUCCUACGUCCGAGAAAAUUAAUAUAGGAUACAAAAGAACAACACAGAAGUUGCUUGUAACUCUAUCAGACAAGUUGUGUAUUUAAAAUUUCCCAACAUUUAAUAAAAUUUGAUGAAAUGGAAAAUUAUUUUUCAUUUAAAUUGUUAUGUAGAAAUUCAUAUUUAAAAUUUCC